AUGAACCGUUUCGUUGGAUACCUGUUGUUGCCAUUAUUUGUGGCUGCCGAUGACAUCAUAGUCACAACCAAAAAUGGACAAAUUCGGGGAAAAACGUUUUCCACUCCUACCGAUCAAACGAUUUAUGCUUUUCAAGGCAUUCCGUAUGCAGUGCCGCCAGUGGGAGAUCUCAGAUUCCAAGAGACCACGUUAUCAGGAAGCUGGGAAGGCAUAUUAGAUGCUACCGCCGAGGGAACAACAUGCAUUCAGUCCUUUUACAACGCAAGAUCUCAAAGCGAAGAUUGUUUGUUCUUAAAUGUUUACGUACCGUCAUUUAAUUCAUCGAAAAAAUAUCCCGUCAUGGUGCAUAUACACGGAGGUAGGUACAUCGGUGGUUCCUCCAGUGUGUCGUCCUACAAUCCCAGUUAUUUGGUCGAAAAAGAUGUCAUAGUAGUAACAUUCAACUACCGAGUGGGUCCCUUUGGAUUGCUUUCCACCGGAGACUUGGUCAUUCCGGGAAACGCUGGCAUGAAGGACCAGGUACUCGCUUUGAAAUGGACCAAUGAAAAUAUAGAAGCAUUUGGAGGAGAUCCGUCCCAAGUAACGGUCUUCGGACAAAGCGCUGGUGGAAGCGCUUGCGGACUACAAGUUUUGAGCAAAAAAUCAGCAGGACUGUUUAGAGCGGCCAUAUGCAUGAGCGGUUCAGGCUUAAGCCCAUGGUCCGUGUUUAGAGAACCAGCGAAUUUCACCUACGCUUUAGCGAAUGUAAUCGACAGCAGUAUCAGUCCUGCAACGUAUACCACAGCACAGUUAGGAGAAUUCCUCAAAGCACAAACUCCGGAUGCUAUAAUAAGUGCAGCUUCCGUUUUGCAAGAUGUAUUUGAGAAGGAAGGCAAUCGGCUCACUCCCACUAUCGAGCCCGAAUACGAAGGAGCCUUUUUGUCGGAAAACCCAUACGAUCUACUCGAAAGUGGUAAUUUUAAUCAAGUUCCGAUUCUUAUCGGGAUGACCUCAGAAGAAUCAUUGGCGUUUGUCAAUAGUAUUUCGAUGGCAGAAAGUGAAGCUAAGAAGCUGGAUUCAGAAGCGGAAUACAUUUAUCCCUACGAUUUUGAAGCGGAAAAUCCGGACAAUGAAAAAACGAUUGAAGAAUUUAUCAAGGAAAUAUACUUGCCAAGCAAUGAAACAUUUAGUGAUAACUUGUACAAAGUUAUUAGGUUUAAAUCUGAUGAUAUGUUUACCCGGGGAGUUAUCAAACAUGCAGAGCUGCAAUCCAAAUAUACCGAUGUUUUCUUCUAUAAAUUCUCUUACUGGGGAAGUCUUAAUAAUCGCCAUCUUGAUAUACCAGGGGCCGAAGAAAAAUGUCAGCAUAGUGACGACAUGCAGUACUUGUUCGCUAGAAAAUCUGGAUUUAAUUCGUUUCCCGAGAAUGACAAACUAAUGAUCAAUAGAAUGACGACUCUUUGGACCAAUUUUGUCAAAUACUUAAACCCCACUCCGCAAGAAGAUGAGCUCCUUGAAAAUUUGGUUUGGCCCAAAGUAACGCCUCAGUUAUUCCAAUAUAUAAACAUUACCAUCAAUUUUGAUAUAUUGGAAAAUCCCAUGGAGGAAACGUACUCCAAAUGGAAUGAAGUGUACUACAGAUGGAACAAAAAGCCACUCACAACAUUCUGAUCACUUAGCUAUAUUACCAGGCUGCUUUCUACUUUUGUACCUAAUCAGUAUUUGUAAUAAAACCUUUUUUUUUUUAUAUAUAAGAAGAUGGCCAAUUGUUUAUUUUUUCACUGUCCUUUUGCUUCA